AUGUCCAAUCAAAAGAGAAUAGAGUCAGCCAUCAAGAAUCUAGAAGUCCAGGUGGGACAAUUGGCAAAGCAAUUGGCAAACCGACCGUCAAGCAUCUUUGGAGCCAACACAGAGAAGAAUUUGAAGAAGGAGUGCAAGGUUGUUAUGACAAGAAGCAAAAGGGUGAGCAUGAAUGAAGGUGAGAAGAGGAUAGGCGAAGAAAAACAACAACUGGUGACUGAACCAGCAAUUGACCCAGUGAUGGAACCUUUGAGUGAGACUGAGGAAGAAGUGGAAGUAGAAGAUGAUCAACAGAAGGAGACACCAAUAAUUAAGCUAGAAAUUACCAUGCCCUUUGGAGAAGCUCUACAGCAGAUGCCACUCUAUGCUAAAUUUCUGAAAGAUAUGCUAACUUGGAAGAACAAGUACAUUCAUAGUGACACCAUAGUUGUGGAAGGGAACUAUAGUGUCGUAAUUCAAUGCAUCCUUCCACCAAAACAUGAGGAUCCAGGCAGUGUCAUUAUACCUUGUUCUAUAGGUGAAGUUUCUGUUGGCAAGGCUCUUAUUGAUUUGGGAGCCAGUAUUAAUUUGAUGUUGCUUUCCAUGUGCCAGAGGCUUGGAGAGUUGGAGAUAAUGCUGACUAGGAUGACUUUACAGUUAGCAUAUCACUCCAUCACUAGACCCUAUGGAGUGAUAAAAGAUGUUUUGGUCAGAGUUAAACACCUUAUCUUUCCUGCUUACUUUGUGGUAAUGGACAUAGAGGAAGAUGCAGAUAUUCCCUUAAUUUGGGACGUCCAUUUAUGCCUACUGCAAGUUGUGUAG